UCAUUGCCUGAGUGCGCGUGACGACGACGGCGGCGGCGACUACGACGGCGACGAAGCUGGGCAACAUUGCUCCAAAGUGAUUUCUGUUCUCAUUUGAUUCCUCCUUCAAAAAGUCUCCGUAAUUCUCUCACCAUCAAUUUCAAUUUCACCAAGAAAAGGGAAUGGUUACUUUUGGGGACUCCUGGAUCCAGGAAUAUAAUGAAGCAGGAAAACUCGCGGAUGACAUCAUUUACAUGAUAUCUGAAAGAAAUUCGUUGCCCGCAACAGGCCCAGAAGCACAACGCCAUUCAUCUUUAAUAAGGAGGAAGAUCACAAUAUUAGGAUUUAGACUUGAUAGCUUACAGACUAUUGACUCUAAGCUUCCUGUAAAGCAACAUUUGACAGAGAAAGAGAUGAAUCGUCGCAAGGAUAUGCUUGCAAAUUUAAAAUCAAAAGCAACCGAAAUGGCCUCCACUUUGAAUAUGUCGAACUUUGCCAAUAGGGACAGCUUGCUUGGACCAGAAACAAAGGCAGCAGAUGCUACGAGCAGAACCACAGGCCUUGACAAUUAUGGUGUUGUUGGUCUUCAAAGGCAAAUUAUGAAAGAACAAGAUGAGGGGCUUGAGAAAUUGGAGGAGUCUAUGAUGAGCUUCAAACAUAUAGCAUUGGCAGUUAAUGAGGAGCUCGACUUGCAAACAAGACUCAUUGCUACCCUGGACGAACAUGUUGAUGUUACUGACUCAAGACUUCAGCGAGUGGGGAGGAAGGUUGGAAUUUUGAACAAACGCACAAAGUGUGGUUGCUCUUGCUUGUGCAUGCUUUUAUCAGUGAUUGGGAUUGUACUACUUGUUGCACUUAUAUAUAUGUUGAUCAAGUAUCUGUAAUUGGGUUGGACAAAAGGUAAACUGUAAAUGCAAAAGAACUAGUACAUUGAGUGUAAGUCGGGAGAAUUCGAACUUUUGAAAUCUUCCCUCUGCUUCUGUUUUCAUGCAUUGCUUGGUUUGAUUUGAUAUGUUCCAUGAUCUUGAAUUCUUGAUUGAAUAUAUGUACUUGAGACAGAUUUUUCUGAGCUUCGAA